GCGCAGAUUCGGAACGGGCUGGCCGGCUAUGCCCUCUUCGCGUGGACCUUGCGAUUGCUCAUGGAUGCAGCCAUUACUGGCGUUACUGGCAUUUGUGCAGUCCGCUUGUCUCUGGAGCUCUGGAAAUUGGGCGUGUGCCUACAGAAGUACAGAGCCUUCCGGUCCCGCAUGCUAACUGUGGCUUUCCUCGUGCCAGUUGAGCUGGCAUUGGUAAGCCUUUGCUGGUUGUCCUUUGCUUUCUGCCGGGCCAUCACGAGCGACACGAGCCUGCUACCAGCCCUGCCCUUUCUGGCCGACGUGGUGGCCACCCUCUACCUGUUUCGGCCAUGUCGGAGAGAUCUGCCCGGCAUGGAUCCCGUGCCCGGCCAAGCAAAGCGCUCCUCCACUUGCAGUGCCAGCUCAACCUUUGGAAUUUAA